CCCCAGAGCCUCAGUGCAGGGGAAGAGUCCUGAGAGGAGAGGGUUGGAGAUGGCUCUGUUGCUCCCUAUUCUCCUGGCCGUCUUGGCUUCCGUCCUUGGAGGUCUCUACAUGUUGGGUAUGUUCCGGAGGCAAAGGCCUAAUGAACCUCCUCUAGACAAAGGCGCCAUACCAUGGCUGGGAUACGCUCUUGACUUCAGGAAAGACUCCUCAGUGUUCUUGAAGAAGAUGCAACAAAAACAUGGUGACAUCUUCACCGUCCAGAUAGGAGGCUAUUACUUCACCUUUGUCACUGACCCGCUAUCGUUCGGUCCCAUCGUGAAGGAAUCCAAGUCCAAGCUGGACUUUGAACAGUUUGCCAUGGAGUUGGUGGCCAGAGUUUUUGGGUACCAUUCUGGAACCAAUGAUCACAAGUUGCUGGAGAAGGCAAGUACGAAACAUCUUAUGGGAGACGGCCUGGUGCUCAUGACCCAAGCCAUGAUGGAGAACCUCCAGAACUUGAUGCUUCAUAACGUUGGCUCUGGAGAUGGGGAAAAAAGGUGGCAGCAGGAUGGACUCUUCAACUACAGCUACAACAUAGUCUUCCGGGCUGGGUAUCUGGCCUUGUUUGGGAACGAGCCAGCAAAGAGUCAAGGGAGCCCAAACAAAGCCAAGAAAUUUGAUCGGGAUCACUCGGAGGAGCUGUUUGCGGAGUUCAGGAAGUAUGAUAAGCUCUUCCCACGCCUGGCCUAUGCUGUCCUCCCACCAAAAGACAAGAUGGAGGCUGAGAGGCUGAAGAGACUGUUCUGGAACAUGUUGUCUAUAAAGAGAACCCUCCAGAAAGAGAACAUCAGUGGUUGGAUUAUGGACCAGUUCCAAUACCGAGCAGAGAACGGGAUGCCAGAAUACAUGCAAGACCGAUUCAUGUUCCUGCUCCUGUGGGCCUCUCAGGGUAACACUGGACCCGCUUGUUUCUGGCUUCUUCUCUACCUAAUGAAGCAUCCGGAAGCCAUGAAGGCCGUCCACGAAGAAGUCGAAAAGGUUCUCAAGGAAAAUAAUCAAGAGGUAAAACCUGGAGGGGCCCUGAUCAACCUCACCCGAGAGAUGCUGCUGAAGACGCCCGUCCUGGACAGUGCUGUAGAAGAAACCUUACGGUUGACCGCUGCUCCGGUGCUGAUCAGAGCCGUCAAGGAGGACAUGAACCUUAAAAUGUCAAGUGGAAAGGAGUUUGCCAUUCGUAAAGGAGACCGUAUCGCCCUCUUCCCGUACACAGCGGUUCAGAUGGAUCCAGAGGUUCAUCCAGAACCCGAAAAGUUUAAAUACAAUCGAUUCCUGAAUGAAGAUGGCACCAAAAAGACUGAGUUCUUCAAGAACGGGAAGCGGCUGAAGUAUUUCACCAUGCCCUGGGGUGCCGGCACCACCAUCUGCCCCGGGCGGUUCUUUGCAGUCAAUGAACUCAAGCAGUUUGUCUUCCUGAUGUUGGGCUACUUUGAGUUUGAGCUGGUGAACCCCAAUGAAGAGAUUCCAGGCAUCGAUCCAAACCGCUGGGGAUUUGGCACCAUGCAGCCCACCCGCGAUGUCCAGUUCAGAUACCGGCUACGUUACUAGCUGCCGUGUAGUGUACCCACCUACCUACUGCAAUGAGUAGAGAUGAUUCCGGUGUCCCUCACAGACCCCAGAGAGGGCGGCCCUGCUGGGGCCGACUCUGCUUAAGGGAAGUAACCAGAGAAACACAGUGGGUGAAAUUUUUUAUAAUAUUUAUUUGGUGUAAAAUGAAUGUAUCUUCCCACGUGACCUUGCAGUAGACUGAGAACCUCUGGUGAUUCCUGUACUGCAGAUUGUGUUGAAGUGAAAAACAACAAUAGAGGACAUUCUGCCAGGUCAUCAAUGGUUGUGAGAUGUCAGUAGUGCAGUCUAUGAGCUCCACCACUCUUCAUCCAUAGAGUGCUGGGAUUGUUGGUGCUUUUUAGGUGGAGUAUGAUGAAGACAGUAAGGACCAAUGAGAUCUCCUCUCCUCUCGAUCUUUUUUUAGUGGGGUUCCUCUUUAUUGCAGCUUCAUGUUCCGUCCUCUCUCCUGUCUCCCGCCUCCCAUGAACCUUGUGAUUAUAAUGUUAUUUUUUGUGCAAUAAACUGAAU